AUGACUGUCUCUGAGGAUGUGAUGCCCCCUGGCGAACCUGAGGUUGGCAGUACUUGGUUCACACCAAGUCUUUUUGCCUCCUUUGUCAUCAUGAUGCUCCUCAAUGUGAGUGCAGCUUUCUUCGCCUACCCAUGCAGAUGGCUGGUGGGCAAUGGGGAGUGGGCUUUUGUCCUGGUCACCGGCCCUCUAUUCCUAAUGAGCCUCUGGAGCCUGGUAUCGUUGAACAUCUCGGACCCAGGCAUUUUACAUCGAGGCUCCUUGGAGCAGGACCCGGAAGCAGGACACACUGCCUGGAUGUUCAGUCACGCAUUCCAGAUGCCCUGGUGUCAUCAAUGCAAGUUCCACCGCACACCUCGCACCCUCCACUGUGCGACCUGUAACAUCUGCGUGGAGGAGUCUGACCAUCACUCAAGGUGGGUCAACAACUGUAUUGGGCAUCGGAACAUCCAGUGGUUCCUGCUCCUGCUGGUGUCCCUGUCUCUCUACCUGGUUGCCCUUCUGGUGACCUGUGUCAUCUUCCUGGUGUGCACCACAGGCAUGCCAUUGUCCACGGACAAAACCAUGGUGUAUCCAACACAGUCCCAAGGGCCCACACUGGGAACUCCACAUGCUGUGGAUAGGGAGCGACAAACAGCCCAGGGACGGAACUCCUAG